UUUUUUUUUUCAUGUACCUGUCUAUUUUGAUUGUUCUUUUAUUCUGUUUAUCACAAAUAAGCACGAAAAAAGUAACCUAUGAUUGGGUGCUCGAGUAUAAACAUGUCAAUCCGGAUGGCUUACAUGAAAGACGAGUGAUUAGUAUCAAUCAUCAGUGGCCUCCUGUUCCUGUCAAACUCGAAAUAAAUGAUACGCUUGUGCUUCAAGUAUGGAACAAAUUAAAUGAGCCUACUGUGAUUCAUACACAUGGCAUUUUACAAAACAAUGGCUACAAUCUCUAUGAUGGGGCUGCUAUGGUAACACAAUGUCCUAUUCCUCCUCAUCAUGACUUUGUUUAUGAGUUUCCUGUACUACAGGCAGGUACAUUUUGGAUCCAUAGUCAUUUUAAAGUACAGUAUAUGGAUGGAUUAAGAGUUCCUUUGAUUGUGUAUGAUCCAAAUGAAAAGAUAGAGUACGAUGAAGAGGAAAUUAUCACCGUGUCUGAUUGGUAUCAUCAAGAUACUUAUACAAACCUUGAACAAUACAUGAACAAGGAGAACACAGAAGGUGUUGAGCCUAUUCCACAAUCUGGUUUGAUCAAUGAUCAUGUCAACAGCACUUUUAUGUUUAAAUCCGGUAAAACAUAUCGACUUCGAUUGAUAAACAUGUCUGGUAUUGCUGCCUUUCGUGUUUAUUUAGGUGGCCAUCGUAUGCAAGUCAUUGAAGUAGACGGUGUCUUGACAAAACCAACCACCACAUCCAGUGUUUAUUUAUCAGCAGGCCAACGUGUGUCUGUCUUGGUCGAGACAAAAGACAAGACUGAGUUCAACUAUUAUCUUCAUGCCGAUAUGGAUCCUGAGAUGUUGGAUGACAUACCGAGCGACCUUCGUUUGAAUAUCAAAGCACCUGUCUAUUAUAACACAUCACAUCAUAAUUUCUUAGAUACCCCUAUUGAAACAGGAGGGCAUGAAUACGACGAUGCAUUCAUUGAACCUUUAAGAAAAACCCCAGCACUUGUUCCUGAUCGCCGUAUCAACAUGACUAUCGACUUCAUGGUCAACACAGACGGUCUCAAUCAUGGCGUAAUGAACAACAUUCCUUAUCUACCUCCCCUUGUUCCUAGUUUACAUACAGUGUUAAGCAUAGGUGAUUUAGCUAAUAAUACACUUGUCUAUGGUCCACAAUCCCAAGUGUCCAUUUUCCCUCUUCAUCAAGUAGUGGAACUUGUGAUUAACAACUUGGAUGAUGGUAUUCAUCCAUUUCAUCUUCAUGGCCAUGUCUUUCAAGUGAUUGGACGAGGUCAAGGUAUAUUUGAUCAACACAGCCUAGAGGAACCAAGUAACCCUACUUGUCGGGAUACCAUCACUGUUCCUUCAAAAGGCUAUGUUGUGUUGCGAUUCAAGGCAGAUAAUCCUGGUGUCUGGUUUUUCCAUUGCCAUGUUGAUUGGCACCUCCCUGCAGGACUGGCUGCUACUUUUAUUACUGCUCCUGAAUGGAUUCAGCAGCACAUGAAGAUGACACCCGCUUUAAGAGAUCUCUGUUUAGCUUCAGGUACCCCACCCACAGGAAACGCAGCAGGCAAAAAGGGAUUGGAUCUAGAAGGUGUACCCGAUGGAAUUCGACCUAGUGCGAAACAAGACAUGAUGUUGGGUGGAUUGUUGGCUACUUUGUUAGGUACAAGUACGAUUAUUUGGCAUGUUUGGGUAGACAAUAGAGAAAAUUCUUGAACAUAAAAUGUAUGCGUCUCCUUGAAAUCCUUCUUUUUUUUUUUCUCUCUUUUUUUUUUUCUUUAUUUAUUU